AAAAUACGGGUAUUUAAGAGUAAGCCUGUGUAAAAUUUAAAUGCACUGAUGUUUAUUUCCAUGAAGCCACAGUUUGUCGAAUGCUUGUAUUGGGUCUGUAGAAGAAAAAUAGCUUUCUUCUAACGUUUUUAUCUCAGACAAGGAAAAUAUAAGGUUUGAUGAAUCUCGGUCUUCCUUGAUACGAACCAUUCCAGAACACGUGACUGACAAGUUUGCCAUUUUGCCUGGGUGGCAAACAAAAGAAUUAUUUUCCAUUUGUUCACCAACAUGGAUCGAAGUGAAUAUUAUCAGACCUUAAGCGAUGAUGUAAAGUGCCAAUAUGAUCAAAAAUUGGAAAUUAUACAAUAUUUACCCAUAUGCAAUUCCUGUUAAGGAAUGUAGCCUUGACAUGUACAAAGUUCCCAAUAUUACAAUGAUGGAUCUGGUGAAUUUUUUAAUUCUCAGUCACAGUUUUUAUACAGGCCAACAGCUCAAAGCUUAUAAAAGCUUACAAGCCUACAAGCAAUUCGAGGCUGGCUCUGUUCAGGAGCUUUGGGUGAAGCAGGUCAAUGAUGAAGCCAUUGUUGUCAUUGCUAAAGUUCAACACUUUCAAAGAAAAAGAGAAAAAUCAUUAAAAAUUUGGAUUAUUAUCCUAAAAGAUACUAGUAUUUCUAGUGCCCACUGCACAUGCAUGGCUGGCUUAUCAGAUGUCUGCAAUCAUAUUUCCAUGGUUUUACUUUAUAUGCUUAGAGUACAAGAUAUGGAUUGGUCAAAAAAAACUGAGAAGAAAACUCUGUCUGAGAGAUAUGCUCCUUGUCUGGAUGAAGGUGAACUUAGUAAUCUGUUGACGAAACUUCAGGAAAUCGAUAUCAACCCUGCAGUUUGUAGAUUACUAGAGACAUUUGUAUCAAAAAUGGAAAACAAUUUCCCUUUUAGGCAACUGGUAUUCUUCAGACAUUAGCAAAUCAUAUGAGGAAUGACUGGCUAUAUGUAACAUUUUGCAUUUGACUUUGACUCCUGAGCAAAGUGAAGCUAUCGAGGCAAUAAUUCGAGAACAAUCACAAAAUAGUACCUGGUUCAAAUACAGAACUGGAAGAAUUAUUGCUUCUAGAUUGAAGAUAGUAAACAACCAUUGAGAAGCCUUCUUUAGGUGUGUUAAAAGGUGUUUGUUAUCCACAAUAGGGUUGUUUUCUACAGUAUUGGCUUUGGAAGAGUAUGAUGACCAACAUACUAAUUUUAUGUUGUCAGCAGCUGGAUUUAUAAUGUAUCUUCAAAGCAUCCUGAAAUUGGUACACCUCCAAAUGGUUUAAUGCCAUGUUCCUGGUUUGAUUUUGGAUGCGAAGAAGCAAAAUGUCCAUACCUAUUAGAAGACGAGCCAAAUCUGGAAGACUUCACCACAUUAUUAAUCAGUUCUCUUGGGAUCAAUAUCAAUGAUUAUUAUAUUCAAUAUCAGAUGUUUGUGACUGAAUGUGAAUAUUGUGUUUCAUAAUGUGGUUUGAAAAUAUUUUGUAUGUUGAAAGAUUAUAUGAUAUUAAUUUUUAUUAUAAAAAUGUUACAAAA